AAAAAAAAAAAAUUAAAAAAGAGGAUCUGAUUUCCGCCCCCGUGAGCUCCGAAAAAAGAGUACAUAUAUAUAAACACACCUCAUAAUCAGAAUGUCUCUACGGCAUACAUUGCUAUCACGAUGGAUAGCAUCUCCGACGCAAUUCCUCCAGAGCGCAUCAGCGCUGAAAUCCUCGCCGUCCGUGUCUCAACCCCUCUUUAUGCGGCUUCGGCCCAUGGGUCUCUCCGGUUCUCCUUCCCUUCCGUCGACUUCGCUUAGCCGUUCCUUUUCUCUCGGACGAUCGUUUCAGCUCCAAGGGAGGUCCCUUGGUCGAAUGAAUGGCAGACCCCGGAUAGAAAAUAGCAGACCGCGACAGCAACGACGACAGCAACAACAACAACGACGGGGGUUCAGUUCGUCCCGCCAAGCACCGGAAUCUCUUUCACAGAAACUGCGCAAGCUGUCCCGUGAGUACGGGUGGUCUGCCCUAGGCGUUUACUUGUUGUUAUCUGCCUUGGACUUCCCCUUCUGUUUUGCGGCAGUGCGUCUUCUUGGGGCCGACCGGAUUGGUCACUACGAAGACGUUAUCCUGCAGACAGUCGCGGACGGCGUUCACGCCGUGUGGCCCAGUAAUCAGGAUGAGGAGUUCGAUUCCGAAGAGGUUGGUGAGGAAAACAAGGUGGAGGCCGAGAAAAUGGAGGAGCAAACGAAGCAGGCUACUGCUAAGAAGAAGGCGGACCAAGCAAGCCUAUGGACUCAGCUGGCUCUUGCUUAUGCUAUUCACAAGAGCCUCAUCUUUAUACGGGUGCCGUUGACUGCAGCCAUCACGCCCAAGGUUGUCAAAAUUUUGAGAGCCUGGGGUGUUGACAUUACAAGACGGAGACCAUGAAGGGCUUCAAAACCACCCUAUCUCACUAGUUUUUCGGCUUUAGUGAACUGAUAGCAGCAUCAGCUCAGCCUAGCCUACGGUGUGCAAGUAUCAGAUCCGUCCCCUCUCUUCCCUUUUCCCUUUUUUACUCCUCGCUUUUUCUGUUUGUGAAGAAUGGCUUUAUGUGUUCUCGUCUUUCUCUUGCAUGGCAUGGCAAUGUUUAAAUAGAUCAUAGCUUCACGAUUGUAUAUUAGCUGUUUAUUAGCUGUUUAGACUAAUUCCGGGGCGUACAUUCAUGUCUCUUGGCUCUCAAAUCUCAAUUUGGGUAUUAUCACAAACGCACACAACCUAAACACAGCCCCAUCUAAUUGUAAAUAGCAAUGGACAUUAAAUCAAAACAGCAG